GAGAAAUAAAAGCAUGCUCUCGAAACUGAAUCAUGGGACAGUAUGCUCUUUGUAUUGUUCCGACUAGAGUUUUGUUGUGUCUGAUUGCAAGCUGUUGGCGGACGAUAUCAUCAUCUCCCGACCAAGCAAAUCGGCACCAAACCUCGAGCUCUAUUUUACGUAAAGGCCAGUGGUAACUCCAACCUUUCAACGAGAUGCUGCAGUUGGCCAAACUCAUCCGUCAUACGUGCAGAAGCAAGAUAGCAGCAUCGCCAUUGACGAGACAUUGGGGCUCAAUGCUGGACAGACCCCAACAGAGCUGAUUGGGUAGACUCCGCCGUUGAAUGCUGAAGUGGAUGUAGGCACAAGUUGGAGGUUGUAAAGCCAACCCCACACCUCAACAGCCAGACGCUCGAGUAAAGAGAGCUGCAACAUCUUACUUUCUGGCUUGAAUCUGUCCAACAGCUCCUCUGCGGCAACUGGUAGAUACGUUGAGUGCUCUCUUGCGAGCCGAGAUUCGCUGGGCGUUGCCUGGCUUAACCGCUUUCUUAUCUUUCCAUGUCUAGUAGAUGUCCAUACCUAUGUACCUAUGUACCUAGAUGUGUGACGUUCCUGCAAGACGAGCAGGACAGUCCGCUCAUCUUCAUUCUCCAAUGUUUGGCUCCGCGUGGGGCCUGGUUAUCAGCUUAGCUGCAAUGUCUAUAGGCUGUCGAGGAAAGGGGCGACAAAUCCACCCGGCUCAUCGACUGGAGAUCUCCGACAUCGAAACAACCGGCUCAAGAUGCCGGACCCUAUAUCUGAGCAUUUCCUCCCACCAUCAUCGGGGAAGUUCGUUCCAACUCCUGUACAGCAACUGGCCGCCGUGCAUGAUGGCACACGAUGGCGUUGCCCACAGGGCAGAGGCCUCUGAUCACCCUCCGAACGAAAGAACAUCCCUCUUGACAAAGCCGGCAUCGGUAUAUUCGUCAUCAUCAGACACCGGACACGCUGCUUCAUCCGAAAUCUUCAUGCUCCCUCAAUACCGGCUAUGGCUCGACGAAUUGUGGCUGCUCACACGCACGUCGCUUCCCGUCAUCCUCGCGUACAUAUUGCAGAACUCGUUGCAGACAGUCUCGGUGCUCAUUGUCGGCCGGUUGAGUCCCGAGGCUCUUGCUACAGCCGCCUUUUCGUACAUGUUCGCCAUGGCCACGGCGUGGCUGAUUGCUCUUGGCGGCACGACUGCUCUGGAUACACUCGCAUCAAGCAGUUUUACCGGCUCGUCCAACAAACACGAUCUGGGUGUCCUGCUGCAGCGAGGCCUGGUGAUCUUGACCUCUUUCUAUGCGGUUGUGGCCAUCAUAUGGGCCUUUUCUGAACACUUGUUUCGCGCUCUAGGCCAAGAGGAGUUUAUCUGCGUACAGAGCUCCAAGUUUCUCCGGUAUCUGAUCCCCGGCGGUCUCGGUUAUGUCUGGUUUGAGGCCAUGAAGAAAUACUUGCAGGCGCAAGAAAUCUACCGACCAGGAACAUACGUGCUGUUGCUCACCUCUCCGAUGAACGCACUGCUCAACUGGCUCUUCAUCCACCGGCUGGGAUUCGGUCUGUAUGGCGCCCCCAUGGCCACCGGCAUAUCAUACUGGAGCUCAUUCCUCUUGCUUGUGGCGUAUGCUGCCUUUGUGCGGGGGAAGGAGUGCUGGGGAGGCAUUGACGUCCGAAGAGCCGUCUCCCACAUGGGACCUUUCGCUCACCUUGCGCUCAUGGGCGUUGUACAUGUCGGGACAGAAUGGUGGGCUUUCGAGAUCGUUGCACUUGCAGCGGGCCGUCUGGGGACAAUUCCUCUGGCGGCACAAUCCGUCAUCAUGACCGCGGACCAGAUCAUCAACACAAUCCCGUUCGGCCUUGGCGUCGCUGCUUCGGCGAGGGUUGGAAACCUCCUCGGCGCACACAAUUCGAGGGGAGCGGCCCAGGCUGCUCACUCAGCCGCCAUCCUCAGCACGAUAGCAGGGACUUUGAUCUUGAUAAUACUCAUGGCCUCACGCAACGUCUUUGGGCGAAUCUUCAACGACGAUGAGCGGGUGGUGAAGCUCGUGGCUGAAGUGAUGCCGUAUGUAGCCUUGUUCCAAAUCGCCGACGGGCUCAACGGAUCCUGCGGCGGUGCACUGCGCGGCAUGGGCCGGCAAUGGGUUGGAGCUGUGGUGAACCUGAUCAGCUACUACGGAGGGGCGCUCCCCGGCGGCAUCUACCUUGCCUUCCACGGAUGGGGUCUCGUCGGACUAUGGGUCGGGCAGUGCGUUGCGCUGUAUCUAGUCGGGGCUCUAGAGUGGGUAAUUGUGGGGGUGAGCAACUGGGAGACAGAGGUUGAGAGGGCCAUCGCCAGGUUGGAAGCUGGGGGGCUUGGCAACUCGGAUGGCGGUUUGGAGUCGGUGUAA